ACCUCAUCCACCAUCUACAAGCAAGGCGGCCUCGACCUCAUCCCCUCAUCCGCACGUACUAAUGACACAUGACAGCCUCUUCUUCCGGAGUAACAGGGCCAUGCUGGCUACCGUCUUUGUUUCAGCCUUUGGCAUGCAGCUGGCCUUCGAUCAGGGAGCAGACAGAAUCUGGGACUCCAUCAACCGGGGUCGCCAAUGGAAAGAUAUCAAGCACAGAUAUGUGCAGAAGGCGGACGAGGAGGAGGAAUGAUAGGGAACGACCGUCCACAUUGAACCCGUAAGAUAGGGCGCUAGACUU